CUACUACUACUACUACUACUACUACUACUACUACUACUACUACUACUACUACUACUACUGCUACUGCUGCUGCUGCUACUACUACUACCCCCUGCAGCAUGGCGUUCCGUCAGCCCACGCACAUCAUCCUCACGCCGGCGGGCCAGAACAAGAUCCACAAGAAGAAGAAGAAGACCACGAUAUCGCCCAAGCCGGAGCACAACAACCUCAAGUCCAUACAAAAACGCCGUGAGCGCCUGGAGGCCAUGCUGCAGAGUCGCAAGCUGCCCCCCCUCACGCUGCCCGCCGCCCCCCCCGCAGCCGCCAGCAGGAAGGGGGGCGGGGUGGGCAGCGGGGGGAGCAACAGCAGCAGUAGCAGCAGGAGGAGCAGCCGCCUCUCUCUCUCCCCUCACUGGGCGGAGAGGGAGAGGCGAAGAGGCGUGGACAGACGACCCACGCCGACCCCGAAUGCUGGAGGGAUGAAGCUGUUGGAGAGGAGGAGAUCUCGAGGAGUUGACAGACUACCAAACAUAGGAAGACGGGAAGACUUCGCAGGAGGAGGGGGAGGAGGAGGAGGAGGAGGAGGAGGAGGAGGAGAGGUGACGGAGGAGCGGCUGAAGGAGGUGCGGCAGGAGAUGACCCACGAGAUCCAAAUCCUGAUGGAGCAGCAGAUGAUGAAGAUGCAGCAGUUAUUGGAGCAGCAGAAGGCGCAGCAGGAGCGGAAGAGGGACAGGCAGGGCGAGCGGGAGCUGUCCAAGAUGCAAAGGGAGGCGGAGAGGGCAGCAGCGGCACGCGACGCGGGCGAGGACGCGAUGAAGGAGGAGGACGAGACGAUGAAGGACGAAAAGGAGGAAGAAAGCGAAAAGGAAGAUCAAAUAGAAGAAAUAGAAGAAGAAGAAAAGAAGGAGAGAGAAGAGAAGGAGAAGAAAGAGGAAGAGGACGAUUUGAAGGUGGGAAUGGAAGAUAAGAUAGAAGAGGAGGAGGAAGAGGAAGAGGAAGAGGAGGAGGAGGAUAUCACGGAGGAGGUGGAGGAGUUGGUGGCGGGUCUAAGAAGUGGAAACCAGAAGAGGCAGUUGAGGAGCUCCGAGCGUGUGAGGGAGCUGCUGUCCGCCCCGCACCCCCCCACGAGACAGCUGAUUCAGGCGGGGGUGCUGGCGCUGCUGGUGUCCUGCAUGGAGCGGGGGGAGAGCCCGCAGCUUCAGGAGGCCGCCGCGUGGGUCAUCACCAACAUCACUUCAGGGAGGAGUGAACACACGCAGGCGGUGGUGGAGGCCGGAGCCGUGGGCGUGCUGGUGCGGGUGCUGGCGUCGGGCGGGGCGGGGGUGCGCGAGCAGGCGGUGUGGGCGCUGGGCAACAUCGUGGGCGACGGCCCGGCCAGCAGGGACGAGGUGCUGCGGCACGGGGUGGUGACGCCGCUGGUCAGCUGCCUGCACCUCAACGUGACGACGUCGCUGCGGCGGCAGGUGUGCUGGGUGCUGACCAACCUGCUGCGGGUGCGCGGCUCUGCCAGGCUCAGCGAUCAGCAGCGGGCCGAGUGUGCCGAGGCCUUCCUGCUGCUGACCACCUCGCUGGACCCCGAGGUGCAAGCCGACGCGCUCUGGGGCGCGGCGUACCUGGCUGACCUGGGCCCCGAGGGCGUGGACGCCGUGGUGGAGGCGGGGCUGGUGAGGGAGAUGGUGCAGCGCCUCUACUCCGACGAGACGCGGGUGGCGGCGGCGGCGCUGCGGGCCACGGGCAGCGUGGCGGCGGGGAACAACGACCAGACGGAGGCGCUGGUGCAGGCCGGCGGGGUGCCCAUCUACCGCGACCUGCUGGCCCACCCCAGCCGCGGCCUGGCGAGGGAGGCGGCCUGGAUCCUGUCCAACGUGACGGCCGGCACGCCGAGCCAGAUCCAAGCAGUCAUGGACGGCCAGGCGGUGGCGGCGCUCAUCCAGGCCGCCGAGGAGGAGGACGUUGAGCUGCGCAAGGAGGCGACGUGGGCGCUGGCGAACAUUGCGUCUGGGUGCACGGAGGAGCAGGCGGCGCGGCUGGCGGGCGGCGGCCUGCUGCCCUGCAUGGCGCGCCUGCUGCAGGGCGACGAGGCGGGCAUGCUGCUGGUGGCCCUGGACGCCAUCAACAACCUGCUCAAGAAGACCUUGGAGCGUCGUCGGCUGACCCAGGCGGUGGAGGCGUCGGGCGGCGUGGAUCGGCUGCGCGUCCUCCAGCACCACCAGGACGGCCAGGUCGCCAGGAUGUCCUCCUUCAUACUCAAGACCUACUUCGACGAGGACCAGUAG